UAUAAUAUGUUAUUAAUAAUAUGUAUGUCAAGAGUGAACAUUGGGCUAAACAUAUUUUAAUGGUUAGCUUGAAAUUAAUGAGGACAUGAAAUUAAUAGGUCGUUUUAAAAUUGAAGUCACCCAUUAAUGAACAACAGUUGAGAGGUAAACUAGAGUUUAUGAAAUAUUGUUAAUAACAGUGGACAUUGAAGAUAAAAAAAUAUCGCAAAUUCUUUGCAUUUUAUCUUAACCAUGGUAACUGAUUGGCCGGGAAAUGUCAACACAAAGGUAAAGUUGGAAUAAAGAUAAACAGAGUGAGAUUGAAGUCGAUAGACUCGGAAGUAAGACUAAAAAAUAACAAGAAAAAAGGUGGAGAUGGACUCGCAAGAAAUAUUGAAUAAAGAUUGGUCCAAACAAAACUGAUUCACCUGCAAUAAACUGUUGAUAUUUUAAAUGUGAUUGAACCUUUGAACGUUUUCUUAUUUUGCCCAACUCACUUUCUUGUUUCAUUCACGAUAUCACCAAAGACCUAAACACUUUGCAUCUUAUUAGCCAUUGUUAUCCAGAUAUUUCAAUAUUUGUUAAACUGAUCAAGCCUUCAAUUAACAUCAAUCCUUCAGGUUGUCAAGUGUUAUUCAACCGAUUCAGUUGCUGUCAAAAGUAACUCAAGUUUGAUUAUAAAUUGUCGAGUUUAUCACAUUUGGUUGGUUCAAUUAUUUGCAAAUGGGUUGUGGAGCGGCAAAGGCCACACAAACAACAGAUGGGCCUCAAAAUAUUACAAAUGAAAAAAACAAAAUACUGGAUUCAGUUGCUCAGGAAGAUCAUAAAAGUCUUGCAGAUCGACCGCCAACUCCAGUGCCUAAACCUGUAGCAUUUGAGAUUCCAAUUGAUCCAGUAGUGGCUGAUGGCGCUGAAGAUGAGUCCAUAGUCAAGAAACAUCCACCUAAACGGUUGGCUCGAUUAGAAGAGCAAAGAGCCUCGAUUCCGACUGUUGAUGACAUUAAAGAGAAACAAGCAGAAGCUGAAAAAAGAAGACAAGAAAUUAUCGAAGAGAAGAUUAAUAAAGCUCGAGCUGUUCAGGCAAAAAUUCAAGGAGAAAAGACGAGUCAGAAGAGCAGUACCAGUGAUGACACAACAGGAUCUAAUAACAACAAUACCACUGCGACCAGCGAGGAGAUGAAAAACAAACUGAAUGGUGAAUCAAAUGAGACCAGUAAAGACAAGGAAUCAGCUGAAAUUAAGACGACCACUGAUGAUAAAAUAAGUAAUGAUACUCGAACUGAUGAUAAAAGUGAAAGCAAUGAAAAGGAUGAAAGCAAAAGUGUUGAAUCCAAGACUGAUGGCAAGUCAGGUGAUAAAGUAAGCGUCCAAACUACCAAUAAGACGGAGUCAACAUUAAGUUAAAUUUGCUUCAUUGAUUUGUUUUAUUAGCCUAAAUUUAAUUUCAGUGUACAGCCAAAUAUUGAUUAAAUUUCAUUCCUUUCCGAUCAUUUACAUUCAAUUCUGAUAAAAUAUUGAAAGAAUCUCGAGUUAAAAUGAAAUAAACAAUACUUCCAUUCUGUAUUUCACCUUAACUUGAACCUUUUUAUACAUAAAUUUGCGUCCACCUAAUGAUGCAUUGAAAUGAUUUAAAUGUAAUAGACGCUUUCAAAUCUAUUUGUAGCUUAAUAAUAAAAGUUAA